AAAUAUUGUACACAGAUAAGUUAAUUUUCACAAGGUCAGGACUGUGUGGUGGGUCUGGGUCAGCAAACAAGGGAAAUACGUACCCACAAUUUCAGCUGUGAAUCUGUUCAGUCUAUGUGCAUGAAAGGAAAAGUACCGACUGUACGUAGUGUUUGCCUGACUCAUUUAAUCGCAGCUGAAGGAAAUUUCCAGUUGAAUUGUAAUUCUAUGCAAAGGGAAGCAAACAGCGUGCUCUGUGUACCCACCUAAAUCUAUAUUGAUUACAUUCAUUUGGUUACCAUGGGAACAGCUAGUAGCAAGCACGGCCACGGACAUAAGAAGAACAAGAAACGGCCCAAGAGCGCGCCUGGGGAUCUCGGCCCAAAGAGCAAAGAUCCCGUUGAGAACUAUCGGCCCUAUUCCCACUCCGAUCCGAAGACUGCAGUCGAGGCAGGAAAUGGGAAUAAGAAGGUUCAGGAGAGGUCACAGCCGCAGGGUACCAGUGAAGUUCCUGUGAAGGAUCAAAGCACUGACACUGGCGUAGGGAACCGGGGAACUGAGGAGAAGGCAGAUCCAGUGAAAGACAGUGGAGACAUGGAGAAGGGAUCAUCAGAGACGGCCGGUAGGGGUCCAAGCCGGUCAAUUAGCAUGGAACCCAAGGACAUCAUGAUCAGCUAUAGUCAUCAGGACAAAGAUCAGAUGAGACAAAUUAGAGAUGGUUUGGAGAAGGCUGGCGUCACAGUCUGGGUGGAUGAGGUCGGGCUGAAAGCCGGGGUGGAAUUCUUCAACAAAAUUGGACAGGCCAUCGUCGAUGCCAAGCUGUUUCUGUCCUUACUGAGCACCAGGUCUGUCGUCUCCAAGUACUGCAAAGAUGAGCUGGCCUUAGCCUACGUCUCCAGCAAACCCAUCUUCCCAUGUGCCUUGGAAAGUAGAGAAGAUAUGAUCCCACUCAUGGACUUCGGAAUGCGUCUUCAGCUUGCUCCGGUAGAAUGGACGAUGUUCAGCGACACGGCGGCCAUCAACCAAUCCAUGAUGGAGCUCGUCAAGAAAAUCCAGAGCAAGUUGACUGAGCUGAAUCAAGCUGAGAAAACUGAUAAACGAGGCAAGUUUCAACGGCAGCGUUCCCAUCUCAAUCUUCACUCCAAACCGGCCUUCGAUGUCAAGAAAGAGGUGGACUUCUGGGAUAAGAACUUCAAGGGCCAAUCCUCCGUAGAUUGGGAGAAAUUUGAAGCUGUCUUCUUGGAGGAGUACAGCAGUCAAUUGGACGAGAUGUUUAAGAACGUUGAUCAACUCUGGCUCUUGUCUAUUCUCAACAAUGAAAUGGAUGAGGAUUCUGAUGGCAUUGUCACAAAACAACACUACAACGAAUUUUGCACGGUCAACGGUGAGAGAUGCGAGUUUUGGCAGCGGGUUCAGGAACACGCCUUGGAGAGCUACACCAUGAGGGAAGUCUUCAGUAUGAACUCAACAGUCCGCAUUGAUGCUAUCCAAAAUCUCAGCAAAUUCCACAGUAGCUCUGUCCUGGAGGCCCUUCUGGAUCUCUGCAGUGACAAGGACGAGAACGUGCGCGCCGUAGCUGCUCUGUCGUUGGCCCGCGUCGCCGACCCCCAAAACAAGCACGCCGUGGGUCGCAUGAUGAACUUGCUGAAGGAUAAAGACCGUCUGGUCAGGGAGAGCGGCUGCCUGGCGCUGGGACACAUCAAGGCUGAAGAGGCAGCACCUCAACUGGUCAACCUUUGGCGUAAUGAUGCCAUCUCCAAUGUCCGAGAAGCGGCACAGGUUGCUCUAGAGAAGAUAGGAGGAGAGGAGGCCAAGAAAGCCAUGCACAUCACCAAAGUGCUGAGUGACGAAAUCAAGAAGCUCUCAGAAGCACAGUAAAAACAACUUGCGUGUAUGCAAUUUU